AUGGAAGCUCUCCAAUCAGCUCCCGAAGCGUCGAGCUUCGUCACCAUCGCCGAGCAUCAGUCGCGAACACCCAGCUCCUUCCACCACGGGCCGACUGUGCUGUACUACCAUGGCCAGGGAUGCAAACUGGUCAUUCUUGAACAUGAGAUGGUUUCAAACGCGGUGUUGAAUGCGCUGCGUCCAGAGGCUGCUUCUGCAAACGGAGCUGCGAAUGCAGCCCCGGAAGACGACAAGAGCGAAGGGCGCGAGAUCGCUAUUGAGGAUAUCGACGCCUGGGUGACCUCCGAAAAAUUCAUCCUGUAUUCUCGAUCCGCCUCAACGGGCAUCUCUAUUCCCUACCCUUCCAUCUCACUCCACGCGAUCCAGCGCCUGCGUGUCCCCGGCGCCUCAGACGCCGAAGUCCAGGGCUUGUACAUGCAAAUCACCCUCCCGACCCCACCCACCGCGGAAGACGACGAAGAACAAUCCCUCACAAUGACCAUAGUCCCACCCGCCGGACUGACCCCCGAGCAGCGUGAAGCCCAAGAACAAGGCGACGAGCCGACGGAAACUCCCACCCAGAUCCUGUACAACGCCGUAUCUGCGUGCUCAAACCUGCACCCGGAUCCCGUGGAGCCAGGCGACGAGGACGAGGAUGACGAUGAGACCAAGCCCACUUUCUUCCAGAUCGGACAGGACACGGCGGACUUUUCGAACGGCAGUCUGCCGCCGCCGGUGGAUGGGAGCUCUGGAUGGAUCACGGCGGAUAAUAUGCAUGAGUUCUUUGAUGAGGAAGGCAACUGGAUUGGCGAAGGGGAGCCCCCUUCGUUCCCUGGGUUGGGGCCUGGUGCGGGAACUGUAAGACCUCGUGAGGAUGGGAAUGAGCACGACGAAGGUGCCAAUGGGGAAGGGGGUGAAGAUGAUGAGACCAAGUGGCGCAGAACAGACUAG